UCUAGUAAAUUUCCCUUUGCCUUGCACACAUUUCCUCCAAACACUCCAUCCCAGUUGAGUCCCCAACCAGAAAAAUAAAAGCUCUCCCUGUGAAAGUCUCCUUUUCCUACAGCAGGAAACCAGUGUAGAUGAAAGUUAGUAGUACUUGCCAGGAACAAGCUCCAUUUCAUAUUUGCAAAUACACAUAAAGGCACCCUUCCUUAACAGCACGGGGCUUCCUUUCCUCUGGGCUCCGCAGUCCCCUUAGGCAGAAUUCUGAACAGCAAAUCCGCCUUCGCCACAACACUGCAGGACCGCAGGGCAGCGACCAUGAGUGAAAUUGCCAAACAUUCCUUGGAAAAUAUCUUACCACAACUGAAAUGUCACUUUACCUGGAAUUUAUAUGACGAAGAAAGUUCCUUACAGGAUUUAGAAGACAGAGUUCGUGAUCAGGUAGAAUUUCUAAACACAGAAUUCAAAACGAUCAUGUACAAUCUGUUUGCCUAUGUUAAACACCUCAGAGGCCAGCAUGAGGUGGCCCUGGUUUACCUUCGCAGAGCAGAGGAGUUUAAUCUGCAGCAGCAGGACCACCAAGGCACAAUCAGAAGCAUGGUCACCUGGGGGAACUAUGCGUGGAUCUACUAUCACAUGGGCAGAUUCUCAGAAGCUCAGGUUUACAUCAACAAGGUGGAAAAACUCUGUAAGACAUUUGCAAGCUCCUAUAGAAUCGAAUGCCCUGAGAUUGACUGUGAAGAAGGAUGGGCACUUUUAAAAUGGGGAGGAAAAUACUAUGAACGGGCUAAGGAGUGUUUUGAGAAGGCUCUGGUAGAGAAACCCACCAAUCCUGAGUUCUCCCUAGGACUGGCAAUCACACUGUACCGUCUGGGUGACGAAGCACCAACGGAAAACACCAUUCGCCUCCUGAGGCAGGCCAUCCAGCUGAAUCCUAACAACCAGUAUGUUAAUGUUCUCCUGGCUCUGACUCUUCAAAAGGUCAAGAACAAAGCCGAAGUUGAAGGAGACCAGUUGGUUGAAGAGGCCUUGAAGAAAACACCUUGUCCAACAGAUGUACUCUGUAGUGCUGCUAAAUAUUACCGGAAUAAAGGCUCCCUGGACACAGCUAUAGAAUUGCUCAAAAAGGCAUUAGAAUCAGUACCCAACAAUGUCUACCAACAUCUCCAGAUUGGAUGCUGCUACAGAGCAAAAAUCAGACAAAUACAGAGGUCAAGAAAGUGCACCACUAAUGAGGAGGAAGAAAAACUACGGGAAAUAAUGAAAAAUGCUGUGGAUCAUUUUAAGAAAGUUGUUGAGUUGAACAUCAACCUCCCCCGGGCCUGCUCCGACCUUGCCUGCCUGUAUGCUAUCACAGGCCAGUACGAUGAAGCCGAGUAUUACUUCCAGAAAGAAUUCAGUAAGGAUCUCCCUCCUGCCGAGAAACAAGUGCUCCACCUACGGUAUGGCAACUUCCAGCAGUACCAGAGGCUGAGCGACGACGUGGCCAUCCACCAUUACUUGGCGGGCUUGAACAUACACGGCUCAUUGGCUGAGAAGGGAAAACUGAUCAUAAACCUAAGGAGAAUCGCCAAUAAAAGACUCUCUGAGAAUGCCUCAGAUGCCGUGGGGUGGCAACUGUCCAGAUUUAUCCAGGAAUUGAAUACAAAGGGGCAAUCAACAGCUGGAGGCCCUGGGAGAGGACUGGGAUGCCCAUUGGGCAAUCCGGCCUCAGAUGCUGGCAGAUUUGACCCUUCUGUGUCCCUGGAUGGGAGGGGUAGGAAUGAAACCUCAGAGGGUACAGGUGGGGCCCACCACCCAGCAGAGCAGAAGGCCCUCCAGAGACCUUCCUACCAGGUCUCUGCACUUCAGAGGGAGGUGAAGGAGACAGAGGCAUAGGAGGUCCUGUGUGUUAGUCUUGAAAGGGGGGUGGGGUGGAGGGGAGGCAGGCCCCAGCUGGAGAGAGCUGAGCAGAUGACUGGGCUUUUCACUUGUUUCUCUCUCUUUCAGGUUCUAAGAAUUCUCAUGCAAAUGCAGAUAUUUAGAAUCAACUUUUCUUCUGUCAUAUGGAUGACAUAUUGCUUUGAGAUUAUGUGACCCUGGUUCAUUCUCAUUGUGUACCAGAUUCCCCAAGAGAUUCUCUGGCCCAAUGCUCAGCACAUUGGCUGGCACACAGUAGUCACUCAGUAUUUGCUGUGAAAAAAGAAACUAGAACUCCCCUGGUGACUGGUCCCACCUCCUGGCUUCUUAAACUUCAAAAUGGAUUCUUUAUAAAUCAAAGUUUUCAGUGUUCAAAAAAAUAGAAAUCAUAAAAUUGCCUCAAGAAUUCUUGAGAUAAUUAAAAAAAAAAAUCUUAGGGUCUGGAAGUUGUAUGUAUGAACAAAACCCCAAACUAUUAAUAAAGUCAACUAUAUUGCAAUAUAUCUUGCAUGAAGAGAAUACCUUAAAAACGUCCAAAGGUAAAUGACAAACUAAAUGAUAAUAUUUCUAUACAUUACUAGGUUAAAAAAAUUAAUUUCCUUAAUAUUGAAAUAGUUUUUUUGUAAAUCAAGACCAAAAAGAUAUCAGCCCAAGGGGAAAAAUGGGCAAAGGUCAGGAAUGGGCAGAAAAUGAAAAUAGCUUUUAAACAGAUGAAAGGAUUAUCAGUGUCAUUCAUAAAAAGCAACUCAAACCAACACUGCAAAUGAGGCUAUUUCAGAUCAGCAAGAAAAAUAUCUUUCCUAAGAGUAUACUACCAAGGACAUAGAUAAAUAGGCUGUAUCAUGUGUUGCUGUUAAAAUAAUAAAGGAUAUAGUAGAAGGGAAAUGCUUGAUUGUCAUUAAGAGCAUCUGAAUCUUUAUAUGUGUAAUAAGAAUUGUAAUAAUUCCGCUGUCCUGUAUUUAAAAAAAUAAAAUAAAUAAAAAAGAGUAUCUGAA